AUGGGCGACAUAAAAUCCAGCAUGGAUGCUGUGAUUGCGUGGAUGUCUCUGGAGACAAACUACGUGCGAUGGAAAGGCGGCGACAAGCACAGCGGAUCGACCAAGGCGUCUCUGGCCUCCGAGAUUGUUCAAUGCAAUUCAGCCAAGAAGAGGACGGCGGCAGCGGCGAAGAUGGACGACUGGAGCGAGAUCAGUGCGCGUGCGUAUGCGUUGAAGAAGGAACAGCUGGAGUUUACCCAUGAUGCGGAGAAGCAGAAGCUGGAAGUGGUCAAGCGACGCGAGGCCAGAUUGACGGAGGAAACCAAACUCAAUGUUCAGCUUUUGACGAUCCAAGCCGAGGAAGCGCAUUGGAAGUUCGAGCUUGCGCGUGAAACUGAAGAAGUUGAUGCACGCAUUCGAAAGAUCCAAACACGAAAGGAUCUAAAAGAACGGGGGUGGAUUGAUGUCGACAUCAAUUUAGCAUGUCCAAUGUAA